UAGUAAAAAAAAAUGAUUAGCAGUAUUUAAUCGUACGCGCGUCAUUAUUAUAAUUGUUAAAGUAGACGUUAGACUUAUACAAAUUUUUAGAAUUUAUUACGUUAUACCUUAUUUUUUUUAAUUUAAAAUAAAAUAAUUCUAUAGGAUUCAAUUUCUUUUUUAAUAUAAAUUUAUUUAACGGAAAUGGAGAGACCUUCAAGGAAAACUAAACCGAAUCAUAGUUCCGAUGAAGAUUACACUAAUGAUAAAAACAAACCUCCAGUUUACCAAAAAAAAUUCAUUAUCUACAGUAUUAUUGCUGUAGCUACUAUGUUAAUAUACUCUUAUUACAGUAUACACAAAUCAGAUAUUUUACAAGAAGUUAGUAAAAAAGGAACCUCUUUAAAACCAAAAUAUGCUGUCAUAAUUGAUGCUGGUAGUACUGGAUCUAGAGUUUUAACGCUUGCUUUCAAGGAAUCUUUAGGUGGUGGCUUAACCUUAGAAGAUGAACUUUUUGUACAAGUAAAACCUGGAUUGUCUAGUUUUGCUGAUAAUCCAUCAAAAGCUUCCGAAUCAAUUAACCAAUUAUUAGCUAAAGCUCAAAAUUUUGUUCCUAAAGAAUAUUGGAAAGACACACCACUUGCUAUGAGAGCAACAGCUGGGUUACGUUUAUUGCCAUCUGAAAAAGCUGAUGAACUUCUAAAUGAAAUGUUACGUUUGUUUGAAAGAAGUCCAUUUUAUACUAAUAAAAAUUCAGUUGCUAUUAUGGAUGGAAUUGAUGAAGGGCUCUUUUCUUGGUUUACAGUCAAUUUUCUUCUUGAUCGACUUAAUGGUAAAUUAGAAAAUUCUGUAGCUGCUCUUGAUUUGGGUGGUGGCUCAAUACAGAUUACAUUUAUUCCAUCAGAUAGUACCCAAUUAAAAAAAAAUUUACCCGAGUUCAUUACUGAAUAUCCAAUAAUGAACCAAAAAGUUGAUUUAUAUAGUCACAGCUAUUUAGGCUUAGGGUUAAUGGCAGCUCGUAAAAGUGUUUUUACUAUUGAUGGAGAGAAUUUGAAUAUUACUAGUCCAUGUGUGAGUGUUGCUGCCAAAGGAUCACCUUUUAAGUUUGCUGAUGUAACUUAUUAUAUUAAUGGUGCAGCAUCAAAUAAUGAACCAGCUAUCAACUACAAUAUAUGCAAAAGUAUAGUUGAAGGUGUAGUAAAAUCUAUAUACACAGAUAAACCUAAAGAUUUACUUAAUCAGAAAAUUAUAGCAUUUUCAUAUUUUUAUGAUAGAGCUCAAGAUGCUGGGCUUGUUGGUGAGAAAGGAGGUGAAGUCUCAGUAAAUUUGUUUUAUGAUGCAGCAUAUAAAGAGUGUACAAAAACAAGCUACAAUGAAUAUCGCCCUUUUAAGUGUUUGGACUUAAUAUACAUUUCUGUAUUAUUAGAACAAGGUUUUGGAUUACCUGUUGAUACUUCUGUAACUCUGCUAAAUACUAUUGAUGGUCACGAAAUAAGCUGGGCUCUUGGUGCUGCUUACCAUAUUUUACAAAAUGGUUUGUAAAAUUUUUGAACAUUUAAAAUUUAUUGAACUUUGGCGAUCAAAUACUUUAUUAUGCAUAUUGAUUCAAAUAUAUUAUUUUUUAUUUUUAUUUCUAAUAAUAAAUAUUUUGGUGAUAAUUUAUCAUGAAAGAAUUAAAUUUUUUAUGGCUUUGUAUUUUUGUCAUUAAUUUUCCAAGAAAAAUGUAUAAUUAAGUAUCCACUUGACUAGGAUUACUAAAAUACUACUAUAUACUAAUUGUUCAAAUAAAAUUUACUAGUAUUUUUUUUUAUUAAAACGAGAUAGUUGUUCCAUAAUUGAAGAAUAUUUAUUUGUUAAAUUAAAAUGAAUCUAGACUUAACACCACGAAUAUUUAUGAAAAGAAGGUAAUUAGUUUCAGCUAAAAGCCUACAUCAAAUUACUGAUUAGACAUGUAAAAAUAUUAAAGUUUUGUUCUAGUUAUUUUUUUUUUUUUUAUAGUUUAAUUUUUGUCAUUAUUUUGG